CGAUUUUUGCAUUUAUAAAAACAAAACAACAAAUGGACUUCAUGCAGUCCAUUUUCGAAAUACAAAUUAAUUUAAUCUAUUAUUGUAGAUUUGAUAAGCUAAUCAGAUAGUACAUGUAUAAAUUGAAAGUGCGCAAGAUCACGGCUAUGUGUACCAAGUUUAGGUGACGGCUGGAUUAUCAUCGGCUUUUUAUUUUGAGACUUAUUAUUUGCCUGUUAAUGGGUUGUGCUGCAUCUUGCAUACAGGAAGCGACUAUGUCGUUGUUCGGGAGAUCUUCAAACAAUAUAGCUGACGAUGAUAGAGCUAAAUUGGAAAGGAAGCUGUAUGUUGCCAAAGAGUCCCCGGAGCCCGAAUUCGACCUUUCUGAUUGUAAUUUGCGACAAAUACCGUCCGGCACGUAUUCUAUUUGCAAGGUCUACAGAAAAGAAUAUAUAUAUUUACACAAAAACGAUUUACAUUCCUUGGAAGACGGCGGCCAGUUGUCUGAUUUGUAUCUUAUUAAAGUGCUCAACAUUAGUUCUAACAAAUUUUCUCAUCUUCCCAGUGACAUAAAAUAUUUAGUUAAUGUUACUGAGUUGUAUGUUAGUGAUAAUAUGCUAAAGAAUAUAACAGACAAUAUUCAAUACAUGGAGAACUUGCAAGUUUUGGAUGUUUCGAAUAAUAAACUAAAAAGUCUUACACCAGUUCUUGGCAAAUUGAAAUAUUUAAGAAAAUUGAACAUUACUGGUAACAGAGAAUUAACAGAAAUAUGUCCUGAAUUAUGUUUUGCAAGGAAUUUGAUUUGCUUGGAAUUGGAUAUGGAAUAUAUUACUUUUCCUCCAGUUGAGAUUUGUCAGCAGGGAACAAGAGAAAUAAUGAGGUAUUUAUGUAAUAAGAUGAAUGUGGAAUAUUCCCCAGCUGCUGAAGAAAUUGAAGUGUUUUCGAUUAGAACAUCUAAUUCUCUAUUGGAUCCGUUUGCUAAAGCACAUUCUACUACUUGGGAAGAACAAGAAGCUUCUAUUGUCGCUCAAGAGAACAAGAUACACAAAAUAGCUAAAGAACAAAGAGAAAAAUUCUUGUCAAAGGUUCUACAAGAACAAUUAGAGUUAGACUCUGAAAUAGCUAAAGUUCAUGAACAGAGGGAGACAGAAAGACAAAGACUGAUUAAGGCCAUUCAAGAUGAUGAAAAAGAAAUAGAAUGUUUGGUUAAUAAUUUCAUUCAAUUUGAAUACUUGAAACCAGAAAUAAUUCAGCAACAGCUUGCUCAUGAACAGGCAGAGCAUGAAAGGCUGCUUGAAAUAACCAAACAAAAUUAUGAUAAUGUAAAGAAAUCUGAGAUUUUGAAAGCAAUGGAAAUGCUCCUGGAGGAAGACAGGUCAAUACAAUAUUCUAAAAAACAUUAUGAAGACUCUUUGAAUAAUAUUAAGCAGAGCAUGUUGAUGCAAGAUGCAGAAAUAGCUGAUAAAGUAACAGAUUUAAUUAAAGCUAAAGAUCAAUCAAGGACAGUAUUAGUGCAACAGUUUCUUGAAGAUCAAGAUAUCCAAAAAGCUAUUGUUGCCUCUUUGCUGGAAAGGGUGGAUGCUAGAAGUUGGAGUUUGAAUCAAGAAAUAUCCUUGAUCUCAUCUCACCUUGCCAGGCUGAGUGUUAUAGAACAAGAGAAGAAGAAAUUACAUAUAGCAUAUAACUACAAUGAGUUGCUAAACCAGAGAGUGCAACUUGUGAACUUUUUGGAUGAUCUCUUCAAUCAACAAAAUAAACGGAGGAAGCAGCUAAUUCAAACUGUAAAAGAAAUGGAAAAUGAAAAAAGCCAAACGAAUGACUUUUGGUUGAAAAACUACCAAAAGUUGAUAGAAUCUGCCCCAAAGACUUUGUUAGAUGUUGGUAAAUGUUUAGAUCCAGUUUUUGCUAACUACUUGCUACAAGAAGGUGUUAUACACUGUUUACCAUUUUUGGUUAAAUUUUUGUUUUCUGGUGAUGUAUUAAGUAAUAUAACAUUGGAAAAAUUGAAAGAGAGUGGAGUUUCACUUUCAGCUGACAGAGAUGCAAUUAUGAGAGCAAUCAACUUUUACAUUGGUAUCAAAAAUUCUGAAAAUUCUAAUGCUAAUUAUGAACAACCAACAUCUAUACAACCAAGUGCUCCAAUAGAGGAUGUCGAUGAGAACAAUUGUACUGGAGUUGUAAAUGUAGUUGAAGAAUCUACUCUGGAAUCGGAGUGCGUGAUUUGUAUGGAUGCAAAAUGUGAGGUGGUGUUCAUACCAUGUGGUCACAUGUGUUGCUGUAAAGAUUGCGGGGGAGGUGUUGAAGAUUGUCCCAUGUGCAGAUGUAGUAUUGAAAGGACAAUCAAAGUUAUGAUGGCAUGAAACCUUGAAUCAGGAUCUCAAAAAACAAAUGAAUUAACUUGAAUAUCUUGAAGCAUUGUGGAGAAUGGAAAGGAUUCAAAGAAGUCACUAAUCUUUAGUAAUUUUGAUAAGAUAUCAUUAUGCUUUUCAUAUUAUUUAUGAACAUUGAUGAGAAAAAUAAUAAUACUGAAUUGAGAAGAAAAGUGUAGUCCUCAAUUUUGAAGGGUAUUUAAAAUAUUAAAGAUAAUACAAAUCAUAAUAUUGAUGAGUUAUACUGUAAUUAUCAAUUAUGACUAUAAAUAAAACAGGAAAAUGUUUUAAAUGUUUAUAAUGCAAUGAUGUAUUUGUGAGAAAACCCAAACCAAAAAUGUUAAUUAGUGAGGUAUUAUACAAAUUCAAACAUUAACUUUGGGCCUGUACCAUUUUUAAUAAUUUUUAAAUUAUAAAGAACAUUAAAAUUGUUAUAUUAAGAAAUGCAUAUAUUCCUUGCAAGAUGCCACUAUUUUGGUAUUUCGCUAUUAUAAAAUUUGCCUCAUUUGUUAUUAAAAAAUAAUUAUUAUUGUACUCAAUUUCAUGUUAUUGAUUAAGUAAAAAAAAAUGCUUCAGAGUAAUUGUAUACAGUUUCUGCAGAUUUGCUGUUACUAUCUGCUAAAUGGGUGCUUGUACAUUGAUAGAGUAUAUCGUAUUCAAGAAUGGUUAUUUUAAACUUAUUGAUUGUACAAGGGCUUAUUGGUGGCUAACCGCGGAACUGAUUCACACUUUUGUAAUCAGGUGUAUUGGUAAUAUGGAGUAGGUUAUUUUUGAAAUAUCUAUAUUAUAUUACCAUAUUUGGUAUAUGGUAUAUCACCUACCACAGUUAUUUAUUAUGAAACUAUAAUCCACAAUAGCAAAACAUUUUAUUAUAAAAAGCUUGGAAACUUUGAGUCAACAUAGAGACUUGUCAUCUCUGUGUUUUAAUGCGUGUUUCUUGGGUACUGCUCUGAGGAAUUAAAUGGUGGGGCGACUUGUGUCUCUGAAAAUUGUGAUAUCCAUAGGCGACGAUAAUCACUUAACAUCAGGUGGGCAAUAAAGUUAAUAAGCAAAAAAAAUAUACUAACUUUAUACCAAUUAAAUAUCCCAGGAGCAAGUUUUUAAAAUAUAGGUACUACUGGUUUAAUAAUGAAAUAUGAGAAGUUAAAUAAUAUUAAUUACGCUAUAAUAUUAUUAUAGUAACUUUUUUCAUAUAGUAAUUACAUAUUGUUUUAAAAUAACGUUUAGUAACAUAGUUUGAAGGUAAUAAUAUUUCCCUACAAUAAAUAUCAUGUUGUUUUUAAAAAUUACUUAAUAACGUGUUACUAUAAUCUAAAUUACUUACGCUCAUUGUAACUACUCGGAUUGAGAUAUUAUAUUCAUUAGCUUGUGUUAUUUCGAUUGUAUUUUUACUCACUGCAUAGUAUUAUUGUUUUGUUAGGCGGCGCAUAUAUCAACUAAGCUUAUUAUAUUACCAAAUCAGGAGUUUCUUGUUAAGUUCUACAGAUCGGACUAAGAUUAUAGCGCGUUUUUUUAUGUUUGUGGGAUUACUGUUGGCCCGUAGGCCUUUUUAGUUUCACCAGGACAGGAGCGUGUUUUAUGCUCACACGGUAUCACGCAUUCUAUCCAUUUCUACUACUAAGCAGCCAUGUCUUCUGGCUUAAGACCGGUAGGUAGAUAGGCAAAAAACAGAGACUAUUCAUUUAAGUACUUUACUGGUAAUAAAAAAGUUAUUUAUUAAAAUAUGUCGUCGCUGAAUUUCUGAUACAGUAACCCUUGAUUUCACCUGGCCUGUGUGCUUAGCGCCCUAGCGGUAAAUGUAGGGGCGCUGUUCCAAAUCCAUACAAAUUUGAGAUAAUUUUUGUCCUUACGGAUCAUAUGCUAGGGUUAUUGGAUCAUUUGGAUCUGAUAUCCAAUAACCCUUGCAUUAGACGCCUACAGCUCUCACACUAGGAGCCGGUUUAGGGACCCCAGUAGCCAUACUCGUGGAACUCGGCAAAGAGUUCGACGUGCAACCCUAACCUAAACAUCAGCCCGCUGAGUUUCUCGCCGGCCUCAGGGCCACCAGUAAUCCUUCAAUCAUAAAAAAAAGAAAACUUUUAGGCGAGAUCGAGAAGUUAAAAACUCUCACAACUGGUAGAGUGUGAAAGUAAGUGCGGUCGUUGUCACCGCGCCGAUCACUUUUUGCUACCUUGCUCUUGCCUAAUAGGUAGGGAAAAAAGAUCACAUCCACCGGACACUACUAUUUUUGCGGUUCAUACAUUUCUAAAAUCGCUCGGAAAUGUCCUGAAUCUUAUUAAGACUCUUUGUCAAUCUAACGGAUUGUGCCUUGGUACCUUACUAUUUAUAUAUUUGUAUCACUGUAUUGUGUUUAACUAUAGAGUGUACAUAUUCGAAUGUUGAUGAAAACGGCUGUGAGUACAUACGUUAAGGUACGCAUAAAAAUAUUUCAAAACGUACGGUAAAAAUGCAAAAAGGAAUAUCUGUUCAAAAUAUAAUUGUUCCUGAGACUAAACUUAAUAAAAAAUAUUGUUUAAUUGUGCAAUUGUAUUAUAAUAAUUGUAAUUGCUUAAAUUGAAGUUUAUUGAUUAAUUUUAAAGCGCUUAGGGAAUCUUUUGGGCUCCCGAGACCAAAACUUUAUCAUAGUUUAACAAAACGUUACAGAAUUUCACCGCGCUAAUCUCUAAUGCAAUACAAAAAAAUCGCAUUAUUAUUCAAUCGGAUUGUGCAAAAUAUAAGAAAUAUUGGUUAAUCCUUGCCAAUAAAAGCAGUUAUCGGAGCUUUAAGGUUAUCAAUAUCAAUAAUACUAAAAUUCAAUGCAUCUGUUUCAUUGAAGAAAAGCAAGAACAAUAUAAAGAAUAUAAAAAAGAGUGGAAUAGAAACAGGAGAACAAAAACCAGCAGUUUUUAGGAUUCGUUUCUUGUAGGUACGUACGUUUUCUUGUCAAACCACUAGACCGAUAUUGACUAUUUUGGAUAUUGACUAAUUUGGAAUUAUUAUUGUACAUUUUUGAGCCCCGAGAAAGAAUGUAAUUUUGCUUUUGAUGCCACUGCUGGGUAUAGGAAUUGGAAAACGGGAAUUAAAAUGCUCGUAGAAAGAUAGUUAGUUCAUUAUAAAAGUAUAAGACUAUAUUGAAUUAUAUUACAUGAAUUUUACAUAUUUAUAAAGCUCCGGUGACACAUAUUGAAUAAGAUCGUCAAACGAUAUUUGGAUUAACAAUUAAUAUUGUCUUCCGAAUAUGUUAUGGUUGUAAUAACAGUAUACCUAUGUUGAUCUCGGCUGUCCUGAAGCCACGUAAAAUUGAUUGAGAUAAAAAGAUAAAAUGCGGAUGUGAAUAAAAUCAAGUUUAAUUCCUAAUGGAUAAAUCAGUUCACUUUGUUCAAUUAUUUGAAUUGGUAGUCCCGUUCCAGGAAGUGCUCAAGUUAAUGGCGCGCAAUAUUUCCGACAGUGAGAUACGUUUUGUGCUUGCAAUGAAUCGUGCUCAAGCCACAAUUAACACUAAUGAACAAAAAUCUUUGGCUUUACUCAAUCUUGUCGUAUGGUUAUGUAUGUACCUAUAACCUUUUUUUUUUUUGGCCGUGGGCCGAACCUCUUACGAGGUCCUUGCGCCUAAGGGGCGCGCGGGGUAUGUGGGACUGGUCCGCGACUGCGAGACCGCGGGCUCAAGGAUGUUUUCAGGGCCCUAGCCACUAAACGACUCCUCUGCACUCUUUGCCCAAGCGUCCGAUCCCCUCCGUGGCCAGAACCCGGAUGAGGUAGGGGGGUUACCGCGGUCAACACUGCAACCAGACAGCGCGGCUCACCCCAAGGACGCCCAGCUGACGGAGCCUUCGAGGCGAAUCGAAGGCUCUGAAACGUCGGCCGUCUCGGUACGGCAGACCGUCAGGCCGCCCAGACGGUGCCGCUGGUGUCCCGGAAAACCCCGCUGGACCAGAACCAGCCUGCCGGGUCGGGACGCGAUACACCCUCAACCGGUUGCUCUUUCGAAUCUCCUUGGCAGCGCGCUAGAGUGGUGGUAGCGCGCCGCCCGGCCUCUACCCCCCUCAGGUCGCCCCUUGACCUUCACCGGGGGGAUGUACCUAUAACCUAGACCGAGUUUUUUAUUAACUAUAACUUGGUUGAAUGUUUCAAAAAAACCAUGAAAAUAUGAUAGUUCUACAGAGUCAAAGCGGCCAUUGUGUAUAUUAGAACAAAAGGCGUCGAACAUUGAGCCAAAUAUUUAAGAGCUUUAACAGAUUAAGUGCAAAGGGAUGUCUUUGUUUAUUAAUUAUUCAUUUGUUUAGCGACAUGUUAACAGUUGGUAUUUAUUUCUCAUUAAAUUAUUAUUUGUAACAAUUAUGCAGUCGAUGAACAAAAGGAGUAAUGUAUCGAUCUGAAUUAUGUAGUAUUGUGUAUUUUGCUUAGUCAUCAAAUUGUUACUUCAUAUUAUAGCAAUAAUUUAUAUUUAAACGUAAUUAAUAAUAUUUAAUUAAAUAAUAGGUUUUAUGCCAUGGAAUCUACAUAUUAACAAGCGCAGUCAAAGCAGUUAAGUUUUGACCGGCUGCUCGUCCACCGAUUUUCUUUUGUUUAAAAGCUGUUGGCAAUUUUUAGAGUUAAUUUUUUUCUUUAAAAAGACAUUUAAUUACCAAUUUCUCUUCUGUUUUUCAAUCGUUUCUUUUAAUAUAUUUUUAGUACCUAUCUAUGAGAUUUAGUAUUCGUAAUGAAAAUUUUAGAAAUAGGUAAUUUGUUUUUAAAUUGUCAGUAAAAAGCAAAAGAUAAAAUGUGAUACAUAGAAUCGAAAUUCUGAGGUGUCAGUGAUCAACUAUAGUUGAGUAUCGAUUCUUUGUCAGAACUAAACAUAGCUAGUGCAUCUAAUAAUAUAUUUUUGAAAAAUUAAUUCUCGCAAUUUAAAAACUUUAGAGCACUGAUUUUUAACACGUAAUAAUUUUAUUUUCAGCAAAGUGAAACUGAAUGUACACCUUUGAAAGAUAAUUAAUCAUGCUAACCAAAAUAGUAAACCAUGUUGAUUUAAAAAUUUAUUAUGGUUUUACCUUAAAUUAAUGUAUAUUAUGUUUUAUUUAAUAUGGCUAGUUCCUUGGUGUUUUAUGGCAAGUUAUUCCAACGUCAGUCAAAAAUUAUUCAUGAGAUAAAAAUAGUAUUUGUUCUACCAUAACCGAAUUAACAUUAAGUACGAAUGAAUAAAACAAUGCAAUAGAUAUAUUCAACUUAUAAUUAACUUCAUGGAUAAUUUUUUAUCUGCCAAUUAAGAAUUCUACCUUUAAUGUGAAACAUAAAACAUUUGUGAUUGGAUAUUUUACUAUAAUUUUGCGAUUCUUGUCACAUUGUUUCAAAUAAAUUUAUUUGGCACA